AUGGCAAACAUAUACAAUUUCGGAAGAUUUUGGGAAGAAAAUAAGUUAGACGCAUUAAUCUGGGUUAGUUACGCACCAAAUUUAAUAGCGAAUGUAACAGUUGAUCUUGAUCCAACAUUUUCAACCAUUAAUCAUCAAUUAGAUUCAACAUUGGUUAAUUUAAAUAAAUAUUGGCAUAAUAAAAGAUAUGAUAAAUUUAAAAUUGAUUGUAGACCGGUGUUUUCUGUUAAUGGAAAUUCAUUUGAUGGUCAUCAAGAACUAAAAGCAAAUCCCAUUAUGACACAUUCAAUACUUGCUGGUGAAAAAAAUGUUGUACCAGACCAGCAAUUACCAUCAGGACCAACGAACCGAUGUUUAAAAUGUAAAUUACCAUAUAUAUUUUCGUCCAAACCUGAUGAAGACCGUCAUGUGCUGCGGGUACAUCGAUCAGACGUAUUAUCAAAUAAAAAACGAAAACAUUCAUCGUCUUCGAAAUCAAAGUGUGACUCAAAACAACGAAAUACUAGAAAACGUGAGCUUUCUCCUGAAUAG